ACCGCUGGGCACUGACUGGUGGCACUGACUGGCAGCACUGCUGGGCUGCACUGAUGAGCACUGGUGGGUGGCACUACUGGGCACAUGUGGGCACAGGUGGGCGCAUUGCUGGGGACAGGUGGGCGCACUGCUGGGCACAGGUGGGUGCAUUGCUGGGCACAGGUUGGCGGAACUUGUGUGUGGCACUGCUGGGCACCGUGAUGUGCGCUGAUGAGGCACUGGUAGGCUGUACUGAUGAGGCUGCACUGAUCGAUGGGCACUAUUAGCCUCACUGAUGGGGCUACACUGAUCAUCAGUGCCCUGGUGAUCAGUGUAGAUGUCCCCCUGAGAAAUGCCACCUACCAGCUCUCCUCUCGCGCUGUCAGUAUGAGGAGAGGACUGCCGAUAACUGGCAUUUCC